UUCGAGACUUAGCUUGCGCCGAAUGCGAGUCGUGUUCGUCUCAGCGUUUCAAGCUUCAAACUUCGUGUACUCUAGUAGCAAACAUGUCGUGCUGUCAGCGUGAUCAUCCGCUUGCCAUGUGGGCGCCUUCGAGCAGUGAGCUGCAGCCCUCACUGACACUCAUGAGUUGGUUCGACGAUCAGCUGUCCCGCAUGCAAGGAGAUCUAAUCCAGAACAGAUUCUUCGAUUGCCCUGAGGUGGGUCGCAUCGACUUCGGUCCUCGAAGGAGAUCGCGUCUGUUCGAUGCGCUGUUCUCCAACGACGCCAUCGACACAGAAAUGAAGUUCCACGAAAACCCCAACAAGAACCAGGUCGAAUGUCAGCUGAGUACCGGUUGCGGGAACUUCUUCAGACCAGAAGACAUCGAGCUCAACUUGAAAGAUCGCAACCUAGAAUUCAAGGCCCGACGAGAGGAAAAGUCUGAGGAUGGCCACAGCUACACGAUCAGGGAAGUCCGUCGAGUUGUUCCGGUUCCCGAAACUGCUGAAAUCGAGAAACUCCACGCCGAAAUGGGCCCGAACGGGAAGGUGAUGCUGUCAGCUCCGCUAUUGAAGCCGAAACCCCUGGAGAACAAGGCCAAAACUCCCGUGCCAAUCAAAAUCAAUAGAUCGUGAACACGCAUGAAUGAAUGGAUCAGUAUCGCGAGUCGCUGGACGUAUGUUCAGGUGCUGACGAGUGGGCACCCCUGAAUGAUUGAAUAUUUAAGGCGAAUUGAGUGGUCAAAGUUUGAUCUCCAUCGUGCCACGAGCGCGUCAUCUCAUUUUCCUUUUUUGUACGAAGGCAAAUCACCGUGAAAUCAUUGAUAAAAUCCAAUAAAUAUAAUAUUGAAGU